CGAGCAGACGCUUCACAGUCGACGUGGGAGUCGGCGUCCUAUGCAGACCGAGCGGCUCACUGACCGGACUGUGACGACCGACGCCGCCGCACGCGACCUAAAGGGAACAGUUCAACGCGGUAGUGAAGCUGAAAAUUUUCACUCACGGUGCUGUGUUCUUUCAAGACUAGGAAGGGCGACGCGGUGACUUUCUGAGGGGAGGAAGUAGCUUCAGUACGUAUUUGGAAUAGCCUGUUGCGCGCGUGAGGUUUGUGUUGAGUAUCCGUGGGUUGUUGUUGUUACAGGUAGUUGAUAGCCACGACUGCGCGCGAGUAUUUCGAACUUACUGUGAGAAGAAAGAAAAUUCCUCCGGUCGUGAGUUUCGAUAAUACACGUGUACAAUUGCAGUUCGUCUGCAUCCUCCUGCUACGCCAAUUUUGUUGCUCAGAAAGUUAGUUUACUUUGUUGUAUGAGUUUCCUCGGUUUUUCUGUGUUAUCCUCUCCGUUUUUAAGCAGAUUUGUUUGACGUGUCUCCUUGGCAAGCGCAAAUUGUGGAAAUUUUCUUUCGAUAGCUUUGUUAGACAGUCAGCUUUGUGGCCCAUCGUAGAGCAUAAUACGUCGCGUUGACAUGAAAUGAGCCAGACAUUACUGAGAAGUAUACAUAGGAAAACUGCCAGAGGUACAGAAUAGUUUCUCCUGUGCUGUGUAAAGGCAUUAUUUUGGCUUCAUAUUUCGAAGUUCAAUAUUUGGUAACAUAGUCGUAAUUGUACCGGUGGUUCUCCCAUGCACCGAAACACUCCCACAAUUUCGCUUUCUCCUUGCAUAGUUGCGAACCACAAACUGAACCAUAACUAGCUGUGAUUACAUGACUCCAGGAAACGAAAGUGCGCUGCGUUCUUCACUAGAACCAUGCAUGCUGCGUCGUCCACGAGCACCACCGUAACGUUCGCACCGAAAUCUCGCGAGUACUCAAUUAGCCGAGGCAACUGCGUCGAAGCCGUUCCUUAGAAGAAGGAACCGUUUACGAUUCAUGGAACACCGCGUGAUAGAUGAGGAGAGCGACGCUUACAGUGAGAGCGCCUUCUCAACCUCCACGUCUCCCGUCGUAUUCGACGACGUCUCGGCAAACUCGACCGCGACAUGGGCGGGUGCGAGGGACGAAGCCCUCGCGCACAUCGAGAUCGCCGUCCUGGCCGUCAUCUUCGCCUUCACCGUCGCCGGCAACGGCUGCGUCCUCGCCGCUCUAGCGGCGCGCCGCUCAAAGUUGACGCGGAUGUACUACUUCCUGCUCCACCUGUGCAUAUCGGACCUGACCACCGCCUUCUUCACGGUGCUUCCCCAGCUAGGCUGGGACGCCACUUACCGCUUCCACGGCGGUGACCUCGCCUGCAAGACCGUCAAGUUCGGCCAGCUCCUGGGUCCUUACCUCUCGUCCUACGUGCUCGUGGUGACCGCCAUGGACAGGUACCAGGCCAUCUGCUUUCCCCUGUCCAGCUGCUCCUGGACUCCGGCCAAGUCCAAGAUGCUCGUGUCGUUCGCCUGGGCCGUGUCGCUGCUGUGCUGCGUGCCGCAGGUGUUCAUCUUCAGCUACCAGGAGGUGUCCGCUGGCGUGUACGACUGCUGGGGCACGUUCGUCGAGCCCUGGGGCCUGCGCGCCUACGUCACCUGGUACAGCGUGUCGGUGUUCUUCGUACCCCUCCUGGUGCUGUGCUUCACAUACGUGUGCAUCUGCCGCUCCAUCUGGCGCAACCUGCGCCAGAAGAGAGAAAGCUCUAGGGCCGCAGACGGUACUGCCGCGACCGCGACCGUGGUGGUGGACGGGUCCACGCGAGCGGUUCGCCGCGCCUUCAGACUCAAAAGUACCGCCGCGGCGGGAAACAGAGACAGUGCCGUGGCGCCAUUCAUGGGUCCUCGAAGCCACUCGGUGCGCGGUCUGUCCCGCGCGAAGAUAAAGACAGUCAAAAUCACCGUCGUAGUCAUCGUGCUGUACAUUGCCUGCUCAUCGCCCUUCAUCUGCGUACAAAUGUGGAUGUACUGGAGCCCUUACGCCAACAUCGCCGAUCCGUGGACGAGUAAGUGA